CAGUGGGGAGAAUGGUCAGAGGCCUUUGCUUUGCACAUCAGGCAUCCAACCACCAUGGGGAAGGGAUGGAUCUGGAGGAUGCCCAUCCUCUCCCUGCUGCUGCUAGUGAUUCUUCCUCCUUGGUUUUCUUUGGCCGAUAACACUGAACCGCAAUACUUGAUCCUGGUGCCCUCUGAAAUUCGGACAGAGACCUCUGAGAAUGUUUGUGUCCAGAUGAUCCAUUUGAACGAGACCGUGACUUUGAGUAUCACCCUAGAAUUUGAGGACAAGAACAUAAGCUUGGCUGAAGUGGAGAUGGCGGCUGGGAAGGACAUCUUCCAGUGUGUUUCAUUCCAGCUUCCCAAGUUGACUCGUUCCUCAAGCAAUUCUCCACGCUCUUUUACAAGAUAUUACAGCUCUAGAGGGCUCCACAAGGAUCUUCUCAGGGUGGUACUGAAGGGACAAACGUUGAACAUAGUGCAACAUGAGCUGGUCACAAUCAGAAACCCAAAGGACCUACUUGUUGUUCAGACAGACAAGCCCAUCUACAAGCCAGGACAGGAAGUGAAGAUUCGCAUUGUCUGUCUGCAGGAAGACUUCCGUCCCAUAAAUAAGAAGAUUCCUUUAAUUUACAUCCAGGACCCCAGGAACAACCGUGUAUUCCAGUGGAAUGAUGUUCAGCUCAGCAUGGGUCUCGCCCAGCUGGCAUUCCCCCUGUCUUCGGAGCCUGCCUUAGGCACCUACAAAUUGAUGGUAGAAAAAUCCUCCACGGACAUUACUCAGCAGCCAUUUAAUGUGGAAGAAUAUGUAUUACCCAAAUUUGAAGUUUCGGUGAAUGCAUCAAAGCAAAUCUCAGUUCUAGCCACAAAAUUCGAAGUGACCGUUUGUGGGAGGUAUACCUAUGGGAAACCUGUCCCUGGCCUGGUGAAUAUGACCAUCUGCCGUCUCUAUCAGCAAUAUAAUCCAUGUCCAGAGAGAGACGUGAAAGUGUGUGAAGAGUACAGCAGAGAGGCAAACGGGCAGGGGUGUUUCUCCAAGGUGGUAGAAACCAAGAUGUUUCAUCUGAAGCAAAAUGAUUUGGAAAAGAGUAUUACGGUAGAAGGCAAGAUCACCGAGGAAGGCACAGGGGUGGUAAGGACAAGUGUGAUCAUCAUAACCAUCACUUCGACAGUGAGCAAACUGAGUUUUGAAAACGCAGAGCCUUAUUAUAAGCCUGGGAUCCCCCUUUUCCUGCAGAUGAAACUGGUGGAUGGUAUGGAUGUGCCAAUGGCUAAUGAGAGCAUUGCGGUUACAGUACCUUCUGUGGAAUACACAGCCAGGUACACAACCAAUGAGGAAGGACGAAUACAGUUUUCCAUAGAUACAUCUAACUUCACAGAGGAGUCCAUCAAUUUGCAGGCCGUUUACAAAGAAAAUGAAAGCUGUGAACAUUCAGUCCCCAUUUAUCAUCAGCGUGACUCGCACACAGUAAACCGAUUUUACUCACCAAGUCAAAGUUACCUCCACAUUGACCCUCUGCCAAAAACAUUUAGCUGUGGCAGCACAGAGCAAAUUCGAGUGCAUUUUAUCCUGGAUCCAAAUGCGGUGAAGAAGGAAAUUAUCUUUUAUUAUUUGGUGAUGACUAAGGGAGACAUCAAACGAUCUGGGACUCACACACAGCCAAUCCAGGGAAAAGAACCCAAAGGCGACUUCCUUUUGGAUCUCUUGGUAGAUGUUGACACUGCACCCAUAACCCGCUUGUUCCUCUACACCAUUUUGCCCAGCGGAGAACUUGUUGCUCACUCAAGAGAUUUCACUGUAGAAAAGUGUUUCCCCAACAAGGCCAGACUGUGGUUCUCUGAUCAACAAGGCCUGCCUGGCCAGAAAACUCAACUCCAUCUUGCUGCUUCCCCUGGCUCCCUCUGUGCUUUCAAUGCUGUUGACCAGAGUAUCUUUCUGUUGAAACCUGAAGCUGAGCUUUCCCAUGAGAAGAUCUAUGCAUUGCUACCAGUCUCUUCUUCACAUGAGCUACACUUUGAAAAUGAAUGGAAGCCGUGCAUCAAAAUGGAAAAUAUUGAAGUGGGUGGUAUCCGUUAUCGCCCUAUCCCUUUUUCUCAUGAGGAAGCCGAUGUUUCCAAAAUUCUUAAGGGCUUGGGUUUAAAAGUUUUUACUAGCACUAAAAUACUAAAGCCGAACAUAUGCCAUUCCUAUCCUAGAGUAACUUACGGAUACCCCAGUCUGCACUUUGGAGUACCCGCAAGGCUCGUUGAUUCAAGGAUUGGUCAUGACAUUUCUAGUAAUUUCGUUUAUAGUCUUCCACAUAGAGAAGAUGAAAGGAUGCCUGCUGAGACUGUCAGAAUGGAGUUCCCUGAAACGUGGUUGUGGGACUUGGUGAUAAUAGAAGAUUCUAAAGCCACGUCUGUUCCUGUGACCAUCCCGGACACCAUCACCGAAUGGAAAGCUGGAGCUUUCUGUCUUUCAGCAGACGUAGGCUUUGGCCUGGCCCAAGCCACUUAUCUAAAGGCCUUCCAGCCAUUCUUCAUUGAACUUACCAUGCCAUACUCUGUGGUGCGAGGAGAAACCUUCCCACUCAAGGCUACUGUCUUCUCCUACCAGACUCACAACAUCCGGGUCAAAAUAUCUCUGGCUCCCUCUGCUGGCUUUGAGGCGAUCUCUCUGAAAAAGGAGGAAGAAUCUUACUGCAUUGGUGCAAAUGGAAGGAUAACAGUGUCUUGGACAGUGUCUCUGACAUCACUUGGUGAAGUGAAUUUCACAGCCAGUGCUGAGGCCCUGAGUUCAGAUGAACCUUGUGGGAAUGAAUUGGUGGAAACACGCAGCAUAAAGCGAAAAGACGUUGUGAUCAAAACACUUUUAGUUGAGCCUGAAGGGAUCGAGAAAGAGGUGGUCUUCAACUCUGUCAUCUGUACACAAGGAGACGCACAGUCGGAAUCUAUUUCUUUGAAGGUGCCAGAAAAUGUUGUGGAAGGCUCUGCCAGGGCGACAUUUUGUGUGCUUGGAGACAUUCUAGGAGGCGCGAUAAAGAACCUCAAUCAACUUCUCAAGAUGCCAUACGGCUGUGGGGAGCAGAACAUGGCCCUCUUUGCCCCCAAUAUCUACAUCCUGAACUAUCUCAAUCAGACUGGACAACUGACCGAGGAAAUCAAAUCCAAGGCCAUUGGAUAUUUAGUGACAGGCUAUCAGAGGCAACUAAACUACAAGCAUCAUGACGGUUCCUACAGCACCUUUGGAGAACGGAGCUCAGAGAUAGGAAAUACCUGGUUGACUGCUUUUGUGCUGAAGAGUUUCACUCAGGCGGCAUCCUUCAUCUCCAUGGACCAAAAACAUAUCAUUGAUGCUCAGAAUUUACUGGCAAUCAGGCAGUUGGCAGAUGGUUCCUUCCUAAAAGUGGGGUCACUGCUGAACAACGCACUAAAGGGUGGAGUUGAUGACAGUGUUUCUCUUACGGCCUAUAUCACCAUAGCUUUACUGGAAAUGCCUCUGCCUCGCACGAACUUUUUGGUACAAAAUGCCUUGCGCUUCUUGGAGACAGAGGCCCAGAAGGAAGAGAUCCAUGUUUACCUUCAGGCUCUGAUGGCGUACGCCUUUACUCUGGCAGAGAAUGAGGAGAAGAGGCAAGAAAUGUUGGACUCCCUUCAGAAACUAGCCGUGAAGGAAGAAGAUGGCUCCAUCCAUUGGGAGAGACCUGAGAAGCAAAAGAAGACACUCGAUCUCCCAUACUACCACCCCCGCGCUCCCUCUGCUGAGGUAGAGAUGACCUCCUACGUUCUACUUGCUUACGUGGCCAAAAAACCAUCCCCUUCCCAGGAAGAAUUGACGAUAGCAACUACCAUCGUCAAAUGGUUGACCAACCAACAGAAUCCCAAUGGAGGAUUCUCUUCUACACAGGAUACAGUGGUGGCUCUCCAGGCCCUCUGCCAGUACAAGACAAUUACUUAUUCCAAGGACAGAGCUGGCGCCGAAGUGACCUUGAGUUCCGGAGAUGUUGCCCUGAGAAAAUUCCAUAUAGACAGCACCAACUCUCUGCUGCUUCAGUGCCAAGAUCUGCCCUCAGUGCCAGGGGACUACACGGCUGAGGUGACCGGGUGCGUCUUUAUGCAGACCAGCUUGAGGUACAACAUCCAACCACCCCGAGAGGAUGCACCAUUCAAUUUGCUUGUGCAGACGGUUCCCCAAAAUUGCACAGGACCUAAAGCCCACCAGAACUUUGAUAUUGCUAUCCAAGUCAGUUACACAGGCCAACGUGUGGUGUCCAACAUGGCAAUUGUCCAGAUUAAGAUGCUAUCCGGAUACAUCCCGGUGAAAUUCACUGUAAAGUUGCUGGAAAAUCAUCCUGCCAUCCAGCGGACUGAAAUUGCAACCACCCAGGUUCUCCUGUAUUUGGAAGAGGUCAGCAAUAUUACCCAGAGUUUCAUCUUCAGAGUGGAGCAGGAGACUCCUGUCCAAGGCCUGAAGCCUGCCUUGGUGAAAGUUUAUGAUUAUUAUGAAACAGAUGAUUUUGCCAUCUCGGAGUAUAUCGCCCCCUGCAGCACAGACGAAAAUGUCAAAAACAAUUAAACAAGAAAAUCUCUGGCCAGACCACAACUAUUGACCAAAGAAGAGAAUCAAGGAAGAAUCAACCAAUUGUGCUGCCCUCCACAUUUUUUCCUAUACAAAAACCCACUAAAUGUUAUGUGCCUGAAUUAUACUGUCUUCCAGGAGACUGGCUACAUACAGUUUCACCAGCGAUGGUAACAGAAAACCGGGGUGUAGAUCGCCAAUGGAGAUCUAGAGCAGAAAUAUUUUUUUUUCUUUCUACAAUCGUUGGAUGAAAUAAAACAAGGUUUUUGUAUUCCA